ACCAGGCCCUGCCCUGCCCCAGGUCCCUCCCGGUGAAGCGGCGCUGCCGCCUUUCCGUCCGCCCGCGCCUAUGGCCUCGCCGGGCCGCGCAGGGGCGCGGCGGAGCCUCCCUCACGCCGCCCGGGCCGCCAUGACGCGAUGCGGCGCGGCGAGAGCCUGAUCUUCUCCGUGAGCUGCGCGGUGCUGGCAGGCGGCGUUGGGGCCUAGGCGAGGCCUUGAGGGACGGAGCAGUGAACUGAGAAGUGGCGGGGGACCUGCAGUGCGGGGAGAGGGGUGGGAAGAGGCAGAGCCGGUGGUGGCAGCUGUCUCUGAGGCUGAGGGAGGUGUGGGGGUGGGAUCUGGCUUGUGGCUGUGGGCUCGCAGGCUGUGCUGUCUCUCGGGCCAGGCUCUGCUGAGGCUGGAGGAGGUUGUGCUCCCCUCCUGUUUGGGCCUGCACCUCUCAGGGCCCAGGCUAGGCGGUGUGCUGGUAGGUGUGUGCAGGUGUGUGCGGUUUGUAGGGCUUGGUGGUGUCCCCCCACAAUGCCACAGUUAAGAUCUGGGAAAGUGGUCAGGGCUGAGACACUGCUUUCCAGCCCCAGCUCUCUGUGUGCAGGGGUGGGAUGUGAGCCAGGGAAGAAGCUGGUAGUUGAGCAGAGCCCUCACCUGGCACCAGAGAGGGAACCCGAGCAGCCCUCACCUUCACGUUCGCAACCUGCUGCACACUCUGGAGGUUCCUCCAAGCAACUUGCUCUUCUUUUGUCUGUGCAGAAGGAGCGAGCCAAGAGUAGGCAGAGGCUGGGUGGUAAGAAAAACAAGGGGGUACAGAGCAGGAUGUCUUCUGAAAGCCAGAAUGGUUCUGCUGUGCAGGUAUCGAAUGGUGCUGUCUGUGAAGGUGGGCAAGCAGCAGCCAUAGUGGCAGGAGCGUGUUUGGAAAAGACUGUAAGGAGAGAAACAGGACAAGGUCAGCAGUCGUUCUGCUUAGGAACUGACUUGCAGAAGAAAUUGUCAGGAGUGACUGGCAGCCCAGAAAGACCAAACCUGUCUGGUUUCCAGGAGAGUACGAGACGCUCAGGGAAAAAACGCAAGCAUUCCUAUAUGGAAUUGAAAUUGCAAAUCCCAACCUUGGAGGAGGAUCUGGAGAGGACAGAGGGGCAUAGUGUUGUUUCCUGUUCGUCAGAACCUGAGGUGCUGCAGCCUGGAAAGGGUGCCUGUAGCACUGAAAUGAAAGGCACUGCCUCCUUAAUGGUACUGAAUCUGCAAAUCCCAGGUCUUAAGGGUUUGGGGACUGAGGAAUCUUUCUUGUCUGAACCAAAACCUGAGGAGGUGGUGGAUAACCCAGAGAACGUGGAUGACCAUUCCUUAGAAAGGCUGAAAAAGCCAAAGGAGGGAGGAAAGAGAUACUUGACAAAGAAAGGCAGGCAGUCGGUGAAGUCAGAACUACGGAGGCCAAGGAGAUCUGCCCUGCUAGAGUUGCAUACACAGUGUGUGGAAUCCAAGGAAAACACUGCAAGUCUGACAGAGGAAGACUCAUUGCCAUUACUACAUGUGCAGGGCUUAAGUGGACAAGAACAAUCAACAGCUGGAGAAGAGCAGUGCGAGUGUUGCAUUAUAGAACAUCUGCAGAGCUCAGACCUUCAGAAAGGAGCAGAUAGCAUGCAGGAAAGUGCAAAGAAAAAACAGAAAAAAAAUAAGCAGGACUCAGGUAUACAAGCUGUGAAGAAGUGUAAGGCAAAUCUAAUGAGAUCAGAAAAUCCCUGUGAAAAGAAAUCUCACUUCUCGGAUUCUCCUGCAGUUGCUGCAUUAGCUGGGACACAAAGCAAGAGUUUUCUAUGUCAUCCUGAAACUAAAAGGUCUGGUGUACAACUGAAAAAAAGGAAACCCAGAACUGCUUCUGUCAAGUGCUUGCAGAAUUUCAGCGUAACUACAGCUGAAAAAGUGAUAAAUGCAGAACAUGAUGAUUCUGAGAAUAGUAAAAACACCCUAAACAACUGUAACAGCUUGCUCGAUGUAACAAGAAAGAACCCAUUUGUGAGACUGGAGGACUGUAGUUGCAUCAAUACAUUUGUAAAAUCUUCAGUGAAUGGAGAUACCAGCACUUUUAAUUUAAGUGGAUUCUUCCAUAAAGCCCAGGAUAAGAGGAAAUCUGUUUGUCCUGGCAGUACCGUAGAAUUGAGUGGUGUGAAUUGCAGCACUAACAGAAUGCAAAAUGAGAGAUCACUUGUAAAAGAUAGUUUAGUGUUUAAUAAAGAAGUUAAAGCUGAGCAUAAAGAAGAGCAUUUUUCAUGCGAUCAGAGUGAAAACAGUAAGUUUUCAAGAGGAAAAAAGUGUAAUGCUGCUAGAAAGAGUAGAAAAAAGGUGAAAAUCACUGAGAUGUCAGCCAUGCAGACUGUUUCUGCAAAUGUUGCUAAUGAGCGCCGUAAGUGUGAGUUACCCGCAGAAGAAGCAGUUGCCUCUUCAGACUCCUCUGCAGCCUUAGGACUAAAUAAUAAAGACACAGCUCUGUCAAAUUCAUAUGGUUGUGCGUCACAUCUGCAUACAGAAAGCAACACUUGUGAAGCACAAAAUAGGAAAAAGAAUAGGAGAAAGAAUAGUACCAAAUUACUUGCACUUGAAGAUGGCUGUAAGAAGACAUCUGAUCUGUCGACAGCAGCAGAAAGAAAAGAUUCAAACAUUGUGGCAUCACAGUGUCGUUCUGCUACCUCAGGUAGCCUGAGAGCAGUAACUCGUGCCUGUAAUGUUUCUAAUCAUCGCAACAGCACGAUGGAUGAAAAAUUAAAUAAAGUUAAAAAGAAAUUGCAGCAGUUUACCUGUCGAAGAGCAAUACCUAUGACUGGGAAGCAUGUUUGGCCUAUUGAAUCUUGUGCCAGGACUUCUGAAUGGGUCCGUAAAAGUCAUGGGUCUGUCUCAGAAGGAAAAAUAAUUUCAAGUCCAGUCUUUGAGAAGUCCUCUGAUAAAAGCUGUGUCAAAACUGUAGGAAACAGUGCUGUGACAGGGAAUUUGAAACAGUUGGUUUUGCAUACAUCAUUGGCAGAAGUUAACAAAGAACCUGCACAUAAAAUAAUGGAUCUAAAUGCUGAAUGCCUGACUAGAGUUGAAAUCUCAGAAUCCUCAUCUGUGGGUAUUUACGAGACUUGUAGAAUGAGCAAUGAAAAUGCAGAAUCACCGGUUGAUAUGGUUAGAAGUGCUGUGCCUUUUAACACUGAUGAUAUGCAAGAAGAUAAAGCAACCUCAAAUUCUACAACAAGCGCAAAAGAUAAAGGAGCUGUAACAAAGAGAAACCCGUCUGUGGCAGUCCGGAAUAGUGCAUGUAAAGGUAAAAGAAACAGAGUAAACUUAGACCAUAAAGCAUCAGUUGUGAACCAGACACUUUCUGAUUUAAAACUAACAACAGUACUAAGCACCGGAAACCUGACAAAUUUCAAAAUACCUUUACGCAAAAACAAACCUGAAUCCAGGACAUUGGAAUCUGUCAGUUCGUUUGAAAGUAAAACCUGUAGCCCACCAGAGGUUCUUGAUAGCACUAGCGUUUCAGGAAAACAAAAAAGAGGUGAAGAGACUAACUUGAUAAAGGUCAAGCAGCAGCCUCUUCCUGUAGUAAGUGAUGCUAUAUCUACAGCUUCCAUGAAGAAAAAAGCUGAUGAGGUCAACAAUAAGGACUUCUGGCAUGAUGGCUCUGGAAAGCUUUCAGAUGAUAUGUCCGCACUCCCUGAUGAUGUCUUUUUAUAUCCAUGUCCUCUUGAGAGCCAGAUAAAGUCAUCUUCACCUGACUUCUGUGGUACUGAAUGUGUAUGGAAAUCAGAUGUUUCCCAUCAUUCAGGGGAUGCAGUUGACUGCCGUGUUGCAUUAGAAAUACAUGAUGACGGCAAAUCAAGAGUCAAUCUUCCACAACAGAAAAGUGAAAAGUUUCCAGAUGUUCUUGAAGCUUACAACGAAGAUGUUCUUAUCAUUGAUGUUAUCCAGGAUGACCCUGAUCUUUUUGGAACCAAUGGCGAAGAGGAGCUUACAGUCUCAGACAGUGAAAAUUGUCCUGCAAAGGCGUGCUGUUCUGACAUCUUCAUUAAAGAAGAAAAGCAAUAUCCCGAGUGUGCUGUUAUUUCAGAAAACAGACAUUCAGUAAACAGUAAUUUUAGAGACAUUAAUAUGCAAGAAUCUGGAAAGUUGAGUGAUACUGAAAAUUCAUGGGAUUUGGUGCUAAAAGCGUCAGAUAUUAAAACCCACAAUUCCUCCAGCGGAAACAGUCCUAUGCGAAGUUUUACUGAGGACUCUUUUGAAGAUAGACAACUAACAGAACUAGAUGAACUUCUAAGGAGUUUUGAAAUAGAUGAAAAGUUCAAGUUUGCAGAGGGAGUGGCUGCUGUGGAACCAAGAGAAAAAAGUGAAGCUGAAAAAAGUGACUGUAAAUACAGAGAUCUUGUGAACUGUGAAAUGCUCUCAGAAUUGCCAUUGCAUGUCCCAAAUGUAAAUGACUGCAGAGAAAUUACGGUGCAGAAGUCCUGGAAGAAUGAUUAUAGAUGCUCAGGAAAAAGUCUUUCACUGCCCCUGCAAACUGGUGGAGAUUCUGAGACAUGGAAGAUAGACAAAAAUAUAAAAGCUUCUCAUUCAGUCCAGCAGAUCCUGGAGAUGAUGAACUUGCCCCGUAAAUAUUGCAGACGUUAUUUCAUGACUUUGCGUGGCUGUGAAAUGUCAAAAUGUUGGUUUUGGCACGUUCCUUACCGAGGGCAUGAAAAGAUUUGCAUGACAAUACUUAAGACAUACAUUAGUAUCAAUGAAGCAGGCCUUCUAAAACGUGCAGUCCAAAUAUUUGUCAGGUAUUACAGAGAAGUUACUCCUGGUGAGAAUUUUGCUUUUCAAGUGCUGAAUGAUCUUCUCAUUUGUUUGCUCAAGAAAUGUUUGUUGCAAGAAGUAUUUCAGAUGUUGAAUGUAACUGCACAGAUUAAUACACUACCAGCUUUGGAAGUUCUUCUGAGAGUUUUUGAAUGUGUGGCUUCUUUGAAUAUAAGAGAUGCCGUGCCUGCACUAAUCAGUACCUUUUGUAAGCUCAUUGAUGCAGGUAUGUUUCUUGAGUAUGAACAUUUUAAUUACAUAAUUAAACUCCUUCACCAAUUGCAAGUUUCAAGCCAGGAAAUAGAUACUGUUUUGAACAUAAAAUCCAGAUUUCAGGAGAUGCAUUUUAAAAGCAGCUGGCUUUUUGACUUUAAUUUGGUAAUGGCAGAAAUUCAGCAUUGCAAGGAAAAGAAGGAUUGGGCCAAGUUGGGAGCUUUGUAUGUUAAUGCAAGAACUGCAUGUGAACAUUCUGAUGAUCUUCAGAAAUUGUCUUUAUGUAUUACUGAAAUACUAACAAGAGAUUCUGAGAAAGACAGACCAGGAGUUCCUUUUUGUGAUUUUGCUGAUGCAGUAAUAAAAAAUUCCCAAUGUAACGAAGCAGACAGAACUUUCAUUGGAAGGGCUGGGAUAAGUGUAAUGAAUUCUUAUCGCAGAGUACUGCAGUGGAUAAAGGGAAGGAAGGUUUUGGAUAAAUUGCAAGAACUACAGAUCCAUUUUACAGUCCUGAAAGGACUUACUGAGGCAGAGGGGUUAGCAUCAAGAUGUCAAAUUGUUAAUAAUGCUGCAGAAAUUUUUCUUAAAACAGAAAGCUUAGAUGGAGCAACAUGGGUGUUGAGAGAGUCAGAGUGGAUCACCAAUGCACCACUGUGGCCCUGCGAUGAAAAUGACAUCCUCAAUCGACAUUAUCUGUUAUUUUCACUAAUGCACAAAUACAUGAGGCAGAGUUUAUACAGGCAGGCAUUUGAAGUUCUGCAGAACUUACCAGGUUUCCAAAAUGGUUGUGGUACUGUAGAUGUUUCUCAGUACAGCCACAUUUUUAACAAGCUGUUAAAUGCCUGUUUUGAGAGCAAGAACCUUGGAGUCUCAUCUUCUGCAGUAGACUUCAUGCUUUCAAAAAAUAUAGCUGUUGAUUUUUUCUUACUUAGAGGAUUAAUCACAGGUUUGGGAAGAAGUUGUUUGUGGAGUAAAGCUCGAACCUACUACAAAACUGCUUUAUCAUUGGGUUGCUACCCACCACUACAGGGAAAUUUACGUCACAAAAUAUUGCCAAUUCCAUUUUAUGUGUCUGAGGUUGAGAUGCUGUUGGCCAUUGAAUUAUUCCUUGUUUCAAAUGCCAGUGAUAUUCAAAGUCCUGGAGCUACUACUCAGAGUUUUCAAAUAAUACUGAAAAGAUGUGAAGACCAGACAGUUAAGAAUAACAGUGACUAUCAAGCAGGAAUGGAGAGACUUAUCCUGGCUGCUCGUAUAUCUGAUCCAAAGCUUUUUCUUAGGCAUAUGACAGUGAACGUUAAUAUGGAAGAAGUGUACAGCUUGGAGCUCACAUCUGCUCUAAAAUGGCUUAAGGAGAAUAUGAAAUGGGCUGGAAAGGUCUGGCUGUUUCAGUAGUCAUGAGUAACUAAAGACUUUUGAGGGUUAGUGGUUAAAGCAAUCAUUGUUAAAAAUAAGAAAAAGUACUAAAGGCAGUUACCACUGUGUUCAGACUGUACCUUACCGUAAGCUUAGAGCAAGGCUUCAAAACUCAGUUGUAUUUUUAAAUACGUAUAUUGAUGAUAAUGCAGAUGGUAGGACAGAGAGUAAUUUUUUUUCCCCAGCUAUAUGGAUUGUCAUACCAGUUUACAUGAAUGUUUUUUAAUGGCAUGACUAGGUGAUAAAAAAGCUGUAUCCUCAGAAUCUGCAUUCUCUUUUUUUAUGGAGAAUCUCAGACUUUGAUUGAGUGUUUCUACUUUUAUUAAGUGAAAGGGUUUCCACAUUGCUUCAUAGUUUGUAGAAAUAACGUGUUUUCUUUUGUCUUAUUUAUGUUAAUUUUGUGAGGAUAUUGUCCCAUCCACGUGCCCCUUAGACCUUCAUUUCUUUAUUCCAAAAACCUAUUAAAAAGCAGUGAAAAUGAAAUAACUUCAAAAUCAUUUACUACAUUGGACAUGCCCUGACUUAGGAUACCUUUCUUUUGCAGAACAGUGAGUCUACAUGAGUUGCUUACAGCUGAAGAUUUAGUUGUGUCUUGAUAAUAGCAUCUGUAUGGCUUCACAUUUGUAUACCUGUGCACUUUCACGUCUUCCUUGAUGGUUCUCUUAGGGGCAAGUGUUUUUUUGCCUUCACCUCUGAUAACUGACUUUACCAUUUUUUAGUUUCUGCCAACUGUAUGAUGAGAUGGAGGCUUCUAGCCAGCUGGUUCUGUCAUUCCUGUUACUUCAAGAGCUCGUAUUUCCACCUGCAAUUUCUGAAUCAUAUCUAGGAUGCGAAUUAUCUAAGUCAGACUUCAUUUGCAACAUGUAACCUUUCUAAAAGGACUAAAUGGCAAAUUGAUGGGACUUCUAUUAAAGCUGAAACUUGUCCAAGCUUUCCACUUCUGUAGUGUUAAGAUCUCUUAGUAUCAACUAAGAAAGUUUGUGAAAGUACCGACUUUCACAGACAUGACAAUACAGCUGUCGGUCCUGCUUUCCAUCCCUGUUAGAGAUUUUUGUGCUGAGAAUUUCUGCUCUUUUUCAUAUGGAAGAUUACAGGUUUUUUAAGCUUGUUCUGUCAUAAGUGACAGUCAGCACAGUGGCAUUAAGCCCACAGUGCUUUGAAAAUCUUUUCCUUCUUUGAGGCAGCAUGAGUCUCUUCUCAGUUCUAGCAACAUUAAUGUAGGUGUCCUCUGUCUGAAUUGGGAAAGUCAUCAUGAUCUUAGUGCUGGAUGGUUGCUGAGGAUUUUGGAGUGGUGUUGAUGUUUUUUUGUAUGGAGGAGAGGGUUUGGCAGUAUAUCAUUCUUUUGCAGAGAUCUCAUUUGCCUUCCUUCUUAAAACAAAAAGUUAGAUUCAGUGCUAACAAUCAGAUGGCAUUUCUUUAAAAGCCUUGUAACUCAAAAUUUCUCUUGGAACAAUUGACACUAAUUCAAACAGUCUUUGAGUUCUGCCCUUUGGUAUUCUCCCAGAUGGCUCUGCCAUUUCCAAAGGCUAUCUGCAUGGUCAUAACCACUGACGAUCUGCUACUUUGUCCCCUAGUAGCUGAAAGGCUGGAUAAGAAGUGAUCAGUUUUCAGAUGAGAAAACUAAUGUUCUUCCAGCCACUCCAGCAGUAAUGGCAAGAGCAUUUUUGGAAGAUUUCAGCAAACUAAACUAGCAUUGUAGUCAACAGUGAGAAACUAAGUCAUUUUUGCUAAUUACUUUUUGUGAAAUCCUUUGUAGCUUAAUCUUGCUUGGAAUUAGACAGAAGCUAUCUGAACCUUGGCUAAAUCCCCCAUUUCUGUAAGCAGUGCCAAAUGUGGCUAAUACUGUGUUUGAGAGAUGCAGAAGGACAAAAUGCUCUUAGUAAUCCUUAUGGAUUCAAAGCUUGUGAUGUUUUAGAGGCAGCAUUAUUUUUCCAUUAUAAGUAAUGCUGAUUUUUUGUUUAGAUCAUCCCCAGGAAAAAAAAAUGUUCCUUUAUAUUUCGGAAGUUAGCCAUUGACAUUUUGGCUUUGCUUGGAACUGUGGAAAGUUUAUGCAGCAUUUUGUCUCCAUCUUUUGUGUAUCAUCAGCUGAUGUGAAGCAAUCUCAGUCAUGUUUUAUAUUAACAGGCCAAGCAAGCUUCCCACAUCAUUGCAUCAUUGCUAAGAAGUUAAGAAGACGUAACCGAUGCAUCAGAAUCCAGCUCAUUCUGUCAGUACAGUGUUUCUCCCUAUCACCAAGAUAAACAAGUAGGCAAUUUAAACAGGUUUACUGUAAGUCUUAUACUUCAUACUUUUGUACUUUGAGUCCACUUGGAAUACCAUACAAAUCUGGUCAUUUUGAUGUGUAUCAGAACUUCAAAAAGGUUUAUUGAUAACAUUCUCAGUACCAUUUUGGUGACAGUAACUCCAUUGCUAAAUAAGACAUAACAAGUGAGCGAAACUCCAAUGCAGAAUGGAAACGAGCCUGAAAAGAUGAAGAAAUGUUCCAAAGGAUAAAGAUAAGUACAACAAAAAUGAUACUGUUUUGCCAAGUCAGCGGCCGUAGACAAUACCCAUCUAUUUUCUUUUCCCCAGGUAUAAGUUACUGUUUCUUAGUAGAUGAAAGAACCUCUGUGUUAGAAAUAAAGCAACUCCUUUAAUAGAUUUUUUUUUCCCAUGUAGGAGACAAAAUGUACACUUGUUUGCAGAUGGAGACAGAAAAAUGUGGAAAAAAAAUCCUAUGCUGCGCUUAUUAGCUACAUCUAGAAAAGCUGUGCUUCUGCAAUACAUUUUUAGUUACAAUGUACGAGAAAUGUCUUCUCUCUCUAUGGAAAUCUUCAGUUUUCACUGAUUACAGUGUAUGCUUUUGGAAAUGUUACUUCUGUAGGUAUGGACAGUUUCUUAUAACUAAAACGGAAUGAUGUUGUUUGGAAGACUUGGAACAAUUUUUGUUUCAGAACAUUGAUAGUUUUGAGGGUGUUUUUAAACCCACAUCUUGGAUGGAAGUGAGAACCUGGAAAUAGGAGCUUGUUAGUUUUUAUGAUGUUUCAUAACGAGGUAAAAGAGGGUAGGGAGGGUCAUUUUGGAGCAAGUGUUAAGAUGUUAAUAAAUGUUUUAUUCUUUGUGUGAAAUAUCCAAAAUGUCUGUAAAUCAGUGUUGUCAUUGAAAUAUUUAAAUCCAUUCAUAUCCCUGUAAUUCAUAUUCAUAGUUACGCCAGAGAAUAAGCCAAUGGCAACGUAGAUGUGAAGAGUUUAAUAACUACUGCAAGGAUCUGGAAUACGAUAUGCUGUGUGAGGAGGUUAAGAAUGUGUGAAAUCAGUCAGACUGUGCAGUUUUUCACCAUUCCAUAGCACAUAAUGAGCAAAUGCUCAUGAAUAAAUUGGGCUGAAGCUCCCAGCUGUGGAUAUGGCCAGCUUCCAGUUCUAACUGCAGACUGGAGUGGAGGAUAUAGAGGACAGACCUAUGUGCUGUGCUCAGCUCACUGAAGAAUUCUAAUAGGGUGUUAGUGAGACUUUUACAUCAGGAGAAACAGUAAAAUGAAAUUUCUCUGAUACAGUAAUCAAACUUUUAAUUGCCAAAAUAUUAAUGCCAUACACCUGAGCUUAGGAAAAUAUGCCAGUACGUAGGUAGAACUAUUACUAAUUCACAUUUUUUUCCUUUCACAUUCUCUGGAUGUGUUUUGCAUCAUUGUCUGCUUUGUUGCACAUCUCAAGUCUACAUUUUUUAGUCUUACCUCUUUUGCAUAACUCUUCUACAAUGACCUGUAUCCUGACUAGUAUCAAAACGUAGUAGUGACACUACUGGCCUCAGAGCUUCCAUGCCAUUGGGUAUAAUGGGACUGGAGAAGCUGAUACCACUCUUGGACUAUCCUCAGACUGAGGAUCUGAACAGAAAUAAAGGGGCAAGGAGAAGAAAGCUUUGUUACUGUUUGUAGCUACUUUAUUGCAGUAAUUAAGUUGCCUUCUGUUAGGAGUAGAGAGAGAGACAAAUACACAAUCAUGUGUUAGUUUAAUCUGUUGUAAACCAAGCUUUCCAUCCAGAAAUGUGUAUGUCACUUUAUAGAAAUCAUUUGAAUCUAUGGAGUACCCAUUUGCUCUGAUGGACCUGCAGCCUUUCUGCUGACAUGCAUACAUGCAUGAACUCUGUUCCUGCAGAGCCUGUGGGAUGUGUCAUGAGGAACAAGCAAGCCAAGCCCAUAAAGGAGAAUGGGGCCAGAUAAAGCCAUGUGGCUACUCCCGCUGAAUCUGGUGACAGUGUUCAUAAUAAAUGGUGAGACUUCGGGCUCAAAGUAGGAAUUCAUUCCUGUGUUUGGAAUGAUGGGAGAAGGUCAUUGUCUUGGAUCUGCGCAAUGGAGCAGGUAUCAGCAGCAUCACCUUCUGCGUAUCUCUCCCAAUUUUAUUUUCCCUCACUGAGU